AUGCGUGCUGUGAAGGUUGCAAGCAUGAAACACGUUGUUAUUUUUGUGGCAGUCGCUUUGAUGUUUGCUGCUGCUUUCGUCGCCAGUGCCCGCACUGAAGAGGAGUGCCAUCAACUUGGGUUCAACCGGGCCGAAGUGAAGUGUCACCACUGCCCGUCGCUGCUGGAGCACACUGGAAGCGCGGAACUGGAGCAGGAAUGUCUCUCGUGCUGCGCCGCUGACGAUCAGAUGCCGCGUCGCACCUACGCCCGCGCCCGCAUCGAGCAGAUGGGUAUCUCGUACCUCAUUGAAGAAACGCGCGGUGAGCUUGGCAUGUUUUACAAGAGAUUCAAGGAUAAGUUUGGCAACCGCGUGCGGUUUGUUGAGGCUCGCUUGUUCUACGGGCCGCGUCUUGUACUAGAGGAUGACAACGGCGGGGAGGAGCUGGAGAUGAACAUCAUGGGCUGGACGAAGGACACCCUGCACGACUACCUGGUGCAGGCCCUGGGCAUGGCGCCGCGGAAGGAGGAGCCAUAA